AUGACGGGCCAUCAUCUGGUGGAUUUGCUCAUUGCUCUUUCGAAUUGCCGUUGGCUUGUGCUUGGUGUACUCGUCGCACACGGACAAUUUGUCAAGAAAGGGGGGUUCACUAAGGAGGACGAGAAUCAGGAAUUGUCUUAUGCAUGCCUGAAAGAGGAAGAUGGUGUUGAUGGAUCGGUGAUUUCGAUGCCCUCUAGAUCAUGGGAUCUGCCUUGGUUUUACAGACCAAGUGUGGGACAUGGAUGCUGCGACCAGGGCUCCAGCUGGAGUGAGAGAGAGCGCGAGUGGUGUUGGAUGGAUUACUCUGCAAGAGACAAACUCGGUGCACCAAGUGACGAUAAUCCACACUCGACCUCUCCCAUGACUGCCAACAGCGAGUCAUGGUUGGUCCAAACAAAGCCCGACGUUCGUUACUUGAGGCGCCUCGACUCCAGCAGUCCCGCAAAUGGACGAAAUGUCUUAGCAGGGACAUGGCUAAUUUGA